AUGAAGAAGUUCUCGACAUCUCUGGUUUACUUUUGUGUUAUUUUUUCAGCCAUUUUGCUGUUGGGCAGCUAUCAAAAUGUAGAAGCAUUCGCUGUACAGGGACCACGUCGGAAAAGUGGCCGAGAAAUAUUCAAGGAUUCAAUGGUAAAAAAUUUAGUUGCUUUUUAUCAGUUUACCCAUUAUGGUGCUGCGUUGUAAAACUUAGUUUGGAGAUGUCAUGGCUCCUUAGUGUCUUUAUUUUUCCAAAGACAAAGAUUUUCCGAUAAAAUAGUUACACACUUUCUGUACAACAUUUUUUCCUUUUUCUACUGUGCUACAAAUCAGUUUAUUAGUCGGCCUUGCAGCGUAAAGGCUAGGAGGCGUCUUGUCUGUGUCCGUUAUUAGGCAUAAUGGUGUACUUAAGGAGACGUUUUUCUAAACACAUGAUUAUAGCCAAAAGGAGGAAAAAAACGCCGGUACUCACGCACACAACUAAAGAUUGGCGUUGGAAUUAAAGGGUUAAUUUUAAUGAGAACCAUAUAUGCUUCUGUUUUAAUUCAUAACGAUGAAGUAAACAUGGACAAGUAAUUUUGUCUUCGGCAAUACUUAUGCUUCGAUAAAGAAGGAUCUUAGAAUAAAUCUAUAGGUCGAUCAGUUUUUUAGAAAAUGCGCGUUUUCAUGUCUAUAAUGAACGCUUUAUUUCAGAUAUGAAAAAACACUUUCCACGCUAUCAUUUUUGUUGAAAAAAUUACAUCUGUUUUUUACUCUUUGUUUUGCAGUUUCUUCGUUCCAGAAGAGAUAUUUGUGCAGCUGCAAGGUCAUUGAAUUGUCAAGAAGAUGAUUAAACCGUGUACUAAAAACGAAGAAAAUACGCUGUGUUGGAACAAAUGACGCCAUUUGAACUGAAAAGCUGAAUUUUUAAGUUGUUAACAAGAAGCUGUUUAAUAAUACAUUUAAACAUUAAUUGGGCUUUUCCCAACUAAAUAAAAACACUGGUCAGUAGAAUUUAACGCCUCGUGUAUGUCAUUUUUUCACCAUUCACGCCCCUCUUUGAAGUGAAUAAAAGCCCAGCAUUAAAUGUUGGCUAUUUCCAACUGAGACUGAAAAGCGCUUUUUUAGCGAACGAAAGGGAAAACUUUGCUGGCCUCAGUUUUUAAAUUCAUUGUUACAUGUACUUCUUUAGCAUAUCAGCUUAGGCACUGACUUUAGAAGUUAAAAGAGAUAAUUAAACGUUGUCAUCCACGAAACGUUUAGCUGGGGAAAAGUCGGAUCAUAUUUGAAGAAAUAUUCGUCAAGAAAAACAUUUAAUUUUGAGUGGGAAAUUAGCGCUUUAAAAACUAUUAACGGAC